AUGGCUGCUUGGAACAGUGGACUUUUUGAUUGUUUCAACGACUGUGGUAUUUGUCUGUAUGGCUAUUGUUGUACACCGUGUCUAUUUGGAGAAAAUGCGGAAAGAAUUGAUGGCAGUAGUUGUUGUGGCUCAUGUUGUUUAUGGUACCUGCUAUCAGGAUUUAGUUUAUGUUGUCUAAUACAUAUGAGCAAACGGCGAGCUUUACGUAAUCGUUUUAGUCUUGAAGAAGAUUGUAAUGAUUGUCUAGCAACAACAUUUUGUGCUCCAUGUGCAAUUUGUCAAGAAGCACGUGAACUUAAAUAUCGUUCAGUUGCUUCUCCAGUUUUAGCAUCAGCACCAGUUUUAGUAACACAACCAAUGGGUAUGAAUAUGCAUUCACCAUUUGGACAACCAGUAAAUGUGCCACCUACAUAUGAACAAUCUGGAAUGGUGAAACAAGGACCAUAUUAA